AUGCUACUUCUCAGUAAACACGGUGUAUUGAAAGCCACGACAGGUCACGUAAUUGAGCUUUUAUCCAAUGACGUUCAGCGAAUGGAAGGCGAAACUGUCAAAUUUGUUUUUUUGACGGUUUCUUCAACUGUAGAGUUUUUGGCGUUGCCAUUCUUACUCCAGCACCUUAUUGGCUGGCAGGCACUUAUGGGCUUCAUUUCCCUUAGUCUUCUUAUUGUAUACUUUGCUGGGUUAUCCUACUUGAACGGUGUAUUACGAGUGAAGACAGCAGAAAUGUCGGGUCUACGCCUCUCUUUGAUGAACCAAGUGAUUUCUGGAAUUCGCGCCAUAAAAAUGUAUACAUGCGAGAAUGAAUACAGAGCAAGGAUAAAAUAUUCACGCAGGAAUGAAAUUAAAAUCCUCAAUAAGAAAAAUGCGGUUUUGACAGCUCUUGUCGCUUUGGAAGGCUCUUCAGGACCUAUAGCACUCUUGGUGUCUGUCUUGACUUUUUUAUUAACAGGACAUACCCUAACACCUGUGAAUGUCACCAUGCUACUCGCUUUCAUUGGUGCUCAAAGACUAAAUCCUUGCUGUUUCUUGGCCUAUGGUUGGCUGCAAAUAUACGAAGCUUAUGUAUCGCUUCUUAGAAUAGAAGAUUUCCUCCUCUUAAAAGAUUUGCCUGCAGUCUCAUGUGAUCACACGUCUGACAAAAGUAAAUCUGAUUUGAAAGAGUUAAAAAGCGGAUUGACGGAUUACGAGGAAAGAGUCGAAGUAAAUCACUUUGACGACGCAAAGGAUGAGCGGGGCAUGGCAAUAGAUUUGUGUGUGUCGAAUUUGACAUGCAUGCAAGUCGGUCGAGAAGAGGAAUACAUCUUAGAAAAUAUCGACCUUGGAACAGAAUCAAAAAGCUUGACAGUUAUUACUGGACCAGUGGGAAGUGGGAAAUCUACUCUUCUCUCAGCCAUC